UUCGAUGUUGGUCAUGCCAGUUGUAAAUGGUGUCAAUUGUCAAUUUUGCCUUACUUUUAUCUGAUAUUUUAUAAUAAUAGGCCUCAAAACAUCUCUUAUCAGCACAUUACAGUAACUCAAUAAUGUUCACACACACAUCGAUAAUUUCAGGAGAGUAAACAACCAUGUAUAGCGCCGUUAGGUCGUCCAAGUCAGAUGCUUCGGAUAAUUUUACACGACAGGGCUCAAUCAGAAAAGUCAUAUCCAUCGAACCCAAGGAGAAUUUAUUUGGGCGUCAAAAUGAGGACCUCAAUAAAUUAUACAAAAACUUUCACCAGGAAUACGUCAUUUUGGCCGAAUAUAAAAUGAUCCAAAGCGAGAACAUUCAAGGUGUGUACGUGAUUCCGUCCAGGGAGAACCCGUUUAUUUGGUUUGGGGUUAUUUUUGUCCGAAGUGGGCCUUACGAAGACGGCGUUUUUCGCUUUAAUGUAGUCCUUGACGAGAAUUUCCCCGAUAGUGAACACCCUAAAGUGGUGUUUUUGUCCGAAAUGUUCCAUCCUGUUGUACACCCUGACACUAACGAAGUGCACCUUUUGAAGGCGUUCCCCACGUGGAACAAAGCAGACCAACAUAUCUGGCAAGUGUUGAAGUACAUCCACUGGAUGUUUUACAACUUGAGCCCCACUAUAGCCCAUAGUGUCAACCCGGAAGCUGCCGAUUUAUUUGCCAACAACCAAGAGGCCUUUAGGAACAAAGUUAAAGAAAUUGUAAAAACAAGCCAGGAGAAAAUUUACGAUGAGCCCCCAGUUGAAGACAAACACUACCUAGUUUUUGAGCCCUAUAAUCCAGAGGUGCAUGAGCAGGCCAAAAGUACGAUGCUUGCCCAGAACAGCGAGGAAGGGGUCAAGUGUGGGUUCUCUUGGGUGCUUCCAGGGAGCUUCAAACCGUUAGGGCGGCCCCCUUCUCCAGAUUCAGAAAGCGAGUCAUGACGGAGGCUUGGAGUGCAAUUCUACGCUUAUUAGUACAAGUUUACGCAAUUUUCACAUGACACCAACUGUUCAACAGUUUGUAAAUAGGGAGUGCAAGGCGCAAUAAGAACAAAGUUUUUAUUAAAAUUGUUUAUACAAAUUUUAACUAUCACGAGUAUUUUAAUAAAGCAAAAGUAUUACAUUA